AUGGUAGCGGAGCUGCAGGAGGAGGCCUCUUCCAGUCAGGCACCAGAAGGUGCCAAGGGGAGCGGAGCCGCUGAAGCUCCAGCUCGACCGCGCCGCCCUCUCAUAGGCGAGCGCACCGAAGCCCCGAACCAAAACCGGGGCAGAACAGCCGAGCCCGAAAAGGGCAAAGGCAAAACCGGCCCGAGUGCGGGCCGCCCCGCCUCGGAGUCGGGGAGCCGAACCCCCCAUCGCGGGGAGAAGGGAGCAGGGAAGCCCACCAAGGGCAAGCCUGCCAAGGGAGCUGCGCAGCCCGCAAAGGGCAAGGCAGCACAAGCAAAAGGAGCAGAGCAGCCCGCAAAGGGCAAGCCAGCUCCAGCAGGCAAGUCCGGCAAGGGCAAGCCUGCGACCCAAGAGCCUGAACAGGGUUCUGGGAAGAAGAAGAACCACCGAGGUGGUCGUUCCCAAGCGGCCCGCGCCAACCGCGAGGCCCGCGGCGCUGAAAGGCGCGAAAGAGAGGGUACAGACCCGGUCGUCCUCGUAGAGGGCCCGGGGACUGAUAUCCCAGAGCCGCGCACCCCGGAGCAGACUCCUCCAGGUGCCGGCCAGGAGAUUCAGAGCCCUAGCUCGGAAUCCUCCUUGGACACCGCGCCGGUGCCCAAGGUGCCAGUCUUCACAGGCCCCGCGCCUGGUGAGGACACUCCAGACUUCGGGGGAAGCGACUCCGAAGGAGAGCGGGAAGCCCCGCCCGCUGCUGCUGCAGCUUCUUCCUCUAACACGGUCGCCCCUGCUAAGAAGGAAGAGCCGGCAGAGCGGGUUGCCCCGCCUGCCUCCGCAGAGGCGGCCGUAGAGCCAGCCGAGGAGGCAAAGCCUGAGGCCUCACCGAAGGCCGCGCCCAAGGCGGCCGAGGCAAAAGAAGAAAGCUCUGGAAGCCCCAGCUCCGAAGCUGCACAGGAGCAAGCAGCCCCGGCGAGUGGACCCACUGAGGCCACCCCGGAGGCAGAGCCGAAGGCCCUACCAAGAGGUGCUCCGGCAGCCAAAGCACCGACGGUGAAGGCGCCGCCACCUCACUUGGGACCACCGCCUCCACUGAAGAAGGAACCCAAGGCCGCACAGCCGGCCAGCAGAGCCCGAGGCUGCGGUCGGGAGGAAGCUCCGGAGCAGGAGCAAGAGCCCACCUCGCCGGCCGACGAAGGUGAGGAAGAGGAGUCAGAGGAGAGCUCCGAGGGCCAAGGGCCGUGCCAGUUCCUCAACGGACUCAGGCACGCGGCUCGCAACAGGCCAGCGACUCCUUGGGAAGGCAACCCAAGGCUGGCAGAGCAGUACGGAGAAGCCUUGACCUUGCUGGACGAGAUCAGCCAGGCUAUCUUGACGCCUCAAAAAAUGAGCCAGCAACCGGCUUAUCCACCCCCACAAAACGACCCCGUGGUCGAGGCUCUGUGCGGGGAAGUGGCAACCCUUGGGGGGCCGCCGGAGAGCCAAGCGCAGCAGCUGCAGGCUGCGAUUGGCGAGUUGUCGGCCCAGAGACAACAGGGCCUAGCUGCAGCAGCCGCCACGGUGGCAGCCGCUACGGCGGCACCCGCCCCUGCGCCCGCGCAGGCGAGCGGUGGAGGGCACUUGCUCAACAGCAUGCGUCUCCCUACCUCCCUUAAGGGGCGGGACGACUGGGAGCGCUUUGCCUUUCAGGCAGAGUCUUACCUGGCGGUCGUGGACACCAGGUAUCCAGCGGAGCUGGAAAUAGCUCGAAAGUGCAAGGCGCCACUCCAAAUGGCAGCCAUGACCGAGGAAGUGCGGACCCUCAGCGUCCGCCUCUUCGGCAUGCUGGGCAGCUGGACCCAGGACUCCGCCACAGCUGUAAAGCUGGCGCACGGAGUGAAGGGCCAGAAUGGGUUCGAGCUCUGGCGUCUCCUGUGGCAGGAGCACAACCCAGAGAACGAGUCCAAGAACCUCACCUGGAGGCGGACCCUGCUGAUGCCGAAGUUCCCGCCAAAGGAGAGUGACUUCUCCUUGGCUCUGCAGGAAUGGGAGGCAGAUGUGGACCGCUACGCCUCCGAGUAUGGCGCAGGGCGCGCCCUAGCAGACGAGGAUCUGCGGGCAGUGCUGGUGACCGAGAGCCCCAACGCUCUUCGGCAACACCUCGCUAUGCACGCGGCGAUUCUUUCGACUUAUGCCGAGGUGAGGGAGGUAGUGGUGAGCUACUUGCAAGCCAAAAGGGUCUGGACCCCGAGUGCGGGCUACGCCGCCUCUUCCCGAAGGGACCCUAACGCCAUGGACAUUGGCAGAAUAGGGGACCGAGACGGAAAAGAAGGGAAGGGCAAAGGCGACAAAGGCAAGAAAGGGGACAAAGACCACAAAAAGGGCAAGGGCGACCACGACCACAAAGGCAAGAAAGGGGACAAAAAGGGGAACCAGCAAGGAGGCAGAGACGGCAAAGAGAGAUGCCCCAUCUGCUGGACAACGGGGCACACCGUAAAAGAGUGCUGGUUCAACGCCAAGGGAAAAGGCAAAGGCAACAAAGGCCAGGUGGCCCAGGUGGCCGACGACGCGGCCACAACGUUGUCAACAGCCUCCUUGGCGACUGCGGGCCCCUCCGCGUCCCAAGCUGGAGGAAGCACUGGCGGCUCUGGCGGCAAAGGCCAGGUGCGCCAGGUGCGCGACGACCGCAUCUUAGGUGUGCGGUUUGCCCCGCCUCACGACACCGAGCCAGAAGAGGAAAAGAUCCUCAAGGUGUCGGGGAGUCUUCUUGUGGACUCCGGGGCGUGUGUGUCCGUGUGCAGGCCCGAGGCGUUUCCCGACCUGCAGCCCGCGGGCCCACCAAAGAGCCUUUACUCGGUGGAAAACAGCCGCCUGAAGACCAAGGGCCGUGUCUUAGGGGAGGAGCGUCAGUCCUGCAAGGUCAACUUUGAGGUGACCGAGGACAUAGAGGACGAAAUCCUCAGCAUCAGCCGUGCUGUUGAGGCCGGUGCGGGCAUUUGGCUCCACCGAGAGGACAGCCACAUUUUGUGGCCCGACGGCGUCCGAGCCUCGAUCCUCAAGAGAGGGUCGCAGUUCCUCCUACCCUACGAGCGGGAGCUCCCGCCGGGGUCAACAAACCGGGUGGCACCGGUGGCGGCAGAGCCACCGAGCCCAGGCAAGGACCUGGGGUACUACGACUACAUCCCGGAGCACGACCUCGAAGCUCGCCACCACACGCCCUACCAGGCGUGGUGCGAGAAGUGCGUGGAGGGAAAGGCGCGCGAGGACCCUCACCGCCGCCGUGAGCCCUCAGAUGAUCCGGUGACGCCGCUUGUCACCAUGGAUUAUCAGUUCUACAGCCGGGACGGGAAAGAAGUUGAGGAAGAAGCGCACGUGGCCUGGCUGCAAGCCCGGUUCGGGACCAAGUCGACGGACGGGGUGACACCAUAUCGGGCCCGGGAACAAAGCGCCGGCAAGCUGGAGCGCGACGACUCACACGUGGUGCUAACCGAAGCGGGCGCACUCAACGUGAGGAGCGUCAGGAAGUGGAGCGGCUACCGCCCGGUGAGCCCGCGGCCCGACGACGAGGCCCUCUUAGUCGAAGGGGCCGAGCAGGCCAGCAGGCUCCCGGACGCCAGCCCUACCGAGGAGCUGGCCAACGCAGAAAUACCGGACUACGAGCCGUCCGACGUGGAGGCAGCACCUUCCGCAGCAAGCGCGUUGCCGCAACAAGCGGCAAGCCCCGCCCCAGCCGCCAACGACGGCUCAGGCGAAGGGGGGCAGAAGCGCGACUCUGCGGGUUCCUCCGCGAGCGCAGCGGCAGCACAGCAGCCGCCUGCAGCGAAGAGCCGCACGGAGCCCAAGAAGGCACCGCGGCUAGGAGCGCCCACUGAGCGCGAAGUGUGGCAGCACAUCGCUGCCUUAGCCGACCCGCCGCUCACCAACCACCAAGGCGAGCGGGACGCGUGGGUCGGGCAGGUGACAGACCUGCUAGACCGGAUGCUCGACCCCAAGCAGGUCGAGCAGGCACGCAAGGAGCAGCUAAGAAAGCUGUGGGACCGAGGCGCUUUCACGCCUGUGCUGCGGUCUGAAGUACCGCGCGGGGCGCAGCUGUUCAGGGCAAAGUGGGUCGACAAGUGCGACAAAGGUAGCAGCGCUACACAACGAGGGGUGGGUCUGGAUAUUGUGGCCGCCUUCCUCAUAGGGAAGGACCGCGGUGCGGCGGAGGGCCGCCCGGUCUACAUGCACGCGCCUGUGGAGUGGCGCGAGCUCUUUGACCAAUGGGUCUUGGAGCAGCCUGCAAAGGACCAGCAGUGGUACCGAGACCACUUCCGGGACUUUGUGUUCCGAGUGGACGGCAACCUUUACGGCCGAAGAACGGCUGGUUCCGUCUACAGGGACGAGCUGGAAGAAGUCCUCACCGGCAAGUGCAGCAUUCCCGCAGAUUAUGCCAUGCAUGUGCAACUUCCUCCUGCAGUCUUGUUUUGGCUGCAGCGGCCUCCUGUAGAGAUGGCCCGAGCCCGCAAUGAAGCGAGUGCAAAGGAUAUCAAGAAAGUAUUGAAGGGGAAUGGCUUUGCAGAUGCCCCUAAACCAGACCAGUAUAUGAACUUAAGCCUGGAUGAGGUCGUGGCUGAGUACAAGGUUUUGAUCCUGGACGUCUUGAAGGAAACCAGCAGGCCCACCGUGAAGGUACUCCUUGCUGGCUGCAUGAGCUUGUUCCCGGAAUCCAGUAGAGAACUUUGCAAGCCUUGGUGCGAGAAGCUUGUGAAUGCGGUAUGUCAUUGUCGCAGCAAGCGCAGUUGCACGUCUGGGAAGAAGCUACCACCUGCCGUUCGUGAGGUGGUCAUGUUCUUGAAAGGCAUGGGCGGCAGUGUGGCACGAGAAGUCUCCAGAAGCAGCUUCAGUUCUUCUGCAUCCAAACCUGCUGCAAGUCCUCGGCCCUCGCCCUCUUCGGUGGCUCCUGCGACUCGCAGCAGCAAGGAGCAGAUCUUCACACAGUACGGCCUGGAGGCGCCAGUUUCAGAUCCAGGUGCAGAGGUGGAGGAGACUGGGCUGUCUCCUGCCCACGUGCAGGAAGUGUUUUCCUCGCAGGAGGUCAUGUCUCCUACUCAGGAGGCACCUCCUACGGCAGCUUUGCCAGUGGAAGACAAAACUUCGGGCGGAGACGGGUCUGCUGAAUACCAAGAGUACUUCGACUCUGCUCGCCUCUGCAUGGUUCGUGCUUAUCCCAGUGGGGCUUUGGUGAUGGCAACGAUGCAAAAAGGCGAAGACGGAUUCCAGAAAGCUUUGUUCCCUGGCUCGGCGGAGGCAGUGUCCACAGAGAUCCCAAAUCUGCGAAUUCAGCGGAUGAAGCGGCCGGCUGCUCGAGUGAUGAAAAAACCGGCUGCCAAGAAGAGGCCGGCUGCAGCACCGACAACGGCAAGUGCUUCGGCUAGCUCUGCCAGCCUCGAAGAAAACGAGGACAGUGGCAUGGAGCCCCAGCCAUCAGUUGCGGAGGAGCAGCCGGAGAACGUAGCUGCUGCACAGCAGGAUCGUGUGGGACGGCGCACAUACACCAUCAUGUAUUACAAGGCGCCCAGGCACAAGAAGGCCAUUCGGCAGAAGCAGGCUCCCUUCUCACAGCUGUUCCAGUUCGGCCGAAAAGGCGUCCCUGUUUGGCAGAUGGACAGGAUCGCAAAAGCAUGUGUCCAGAAGCUUGAGAGCGGCGAGCUUGAAGAAGCUGAUGCCGAAGAUUGGUGUAAGAGUCGCCUCGCACAGCCCGUUGCAAUGGCGACGACGGGCACCAGCUACUACAGCGGCGGCGGCUCAGGCGGCGGCGGUUGGGGCUCUGGCGGUUGGGGCUCAGGUGGCUGGGGCGGAGGAGGAGGUCGCGACGACAAGUCGUACUGGGAGCCAUGGAAAGACGACGAGCCGGACGAGGAUCCGGAUGAUGAGCCGGAGUAUGACCUGAGGUACUGUCAGUUCUGCAAAUCGUAUGGGUACAUCCGCAAAGACGGCUGUGUCAACAAAAAGUGCAAGCCGGACUACACCCCGAAGGAGUUCGAUGAUAUCCACGGAAUCGGUCAAGCAAUGGCAUGCAGCUUGGCACUAGGGCUCUCCUAUGUAAAGACCAAGGCUGCUGGCUGCCCCAAGGGCAAAUGGUGGGGUGAGACGGAAGCGGCCGUCGAUCCGGAGAAACGUCGCCGCCAAGCAGAGGCAGCAGAGGCUCGGAGCCAGGCGGCGGCACCAGCUUCGCCAACGGGGCCCGUCGCCCCUGCAGCUGGAAACGAUCAAGGAGAGCCACAUGCGGGCGACAACCAGGAGAAGGAGAAGGGGGAGAAGGGCGGCGACCCGGCGGUUGCUUGGCGACCGUGCUCUUCCGUGGCGCUUGGAAAAAUGCGACCGUCUGCGGUGCCGUGUGGUACUGACGAGGAAGAGGUUCCCAGGCGAACCAAGUCGGCCGCAGGGGAACCUGUCAAGACGGAGCCCUUGUCGCCCCAGAAGCCGAAGGAAACUUUGGGGAUGGCCAAGGCAGAGGUGGCAGGCUUGCUCACAAGCCUCAAGUACCAAAUCAAGGCUAAGAAAAUGACGGAGAAGCAUCGCGAACAAGCGAACGAUAUCUUGCUGAAGUACCAACAGUCUGGCGUCCAUGGAAAAAAAGAAAUAUUGCAGAAAUUGCAAACGAGCGGGCUUCGUGACCUCAGCUGGUUCGCCGAGAUGCAAAGCGAAUACCAAACGCAAAGCGUGGACAAGGAGAGCACCACGAAGGGCUACUUCAACAGGAGCCAGAUCCUCAAGAUGAACGGCCUGGACCCGAGCAACAUGGACGAGGCUGUGGCUGCUGACACGCUCAAGGACUUGAUCGCCGACUGUGAGGCAGAGUUUGGAAGCGACCUCGGCAGGCUCGUCGAGAAGUUCGACAACCCGGACCUGGAGGUGCCCGCCAACGAAGAGGCUUGGAACAAGGCCUACAGUGCUUGCAAGGCCGCCAAGAGCAAGCUGGGGAAGGUGGCGGACGAGCUCGAGGAGCAGCACGCCAAGCUGGUUGCUCACGGUCCCCAAGCGGAGGCGGACGAAGUUGGGCCCAAGAUCGAGACCCUCCGAGGCUUCUUGAAGACUUUGCGCUUCAAGAUCAGCGAGUGGAUGAACAUGAGCGAGGGAUGCAUGGAAGCGAAGUUGCCGGAGCUCACCCAGCUGAGUGAGGAAGCCACCAGCCACCUGGCUGCAGCCACGGCCUACAACAAGAAGUUGAAGAGUCAAAACUGCUCGCUCGGAGUUGCAAGUCUCUGCUGCCGUGCAUUUCGCUUUCGCUGGGCUCGAAUUCUAGGAUGGCACUCCUACGAAGGAUGCGCCAAGGGGGUCAAAGAUCUGGCCCAGGCUAAGCAGGGAAGCAACACUGCCAGGAACUUGCUUCGGCGCAAUCUUCGCCGAACACCGUGGCCGCCGCCAUAUGAGUGCCAAGUCCGGGGCAAGAAUCCAAGGACUGGCAAGGAGGACCUCUACACCCUGGCCUUCAUGCUUCCGCACGAAGUGCUACACGUUCUCCUGGAGUCUAACGAUGUUUCGGAAAUCAGAAAUCAACAAGCUCGGAUUCCCAACUUGCAAGAGCAACUUCAAGAGCACGGCAAUGAUGUCCUGCUGUUGGGGCUGUGGCUAGACGGUGUACCGUUUAGCUCAGACCGUAGCCAGACACUGCAGUGUGCAACCCUCAGCUUGCCAGGGCUUACAGAUGCUGGCGACUUUCGCUUUCCACUGACAGGGUUUCCAAAAUUCUUUCAGAUGCCUGAAGCUACCUGGGAUGAUGUCACGGCUAUCAUUGCUUGGUCGAUGAGAUGCUGUUAUACUGGCUUCUUCCCGUCCUUCCGUCACGACGAGUCUCGUUUCCUUGGCAACGACAGCUGGCGAAAGAGGAGAGCCUCGCAGCCGCUAGGCUGCCGGGCAGUCUUGGCGGAAGUGCGGGCGGAUUGGUCGGCAUACCAGGAAGUGUUGCGACUACCUGGCUGGACUGGCAACGGCCCAAUCUGCUGGUUUUGUCAAGCGACUUUGCAAGAUCUACAUGAUGUUGACGAGAGCAGCUCUUGGAGGAGCUCGCGCCUGUCGCAUUACCAGUUCCUGGCCAGGCAGAUCUCUGAAGGCAAGAACUUGAGCCCUCUUUUCAGUUGUCCUUGCUUUUCAGUACAGAAGUGCUGCAUUGAUUGGCUUCACUGCAUGGAUUUAGGAUGUGCAGCUGACUACAUGGGUGGGCUUUUUCAUAUGGUCGUGCAGACAAAGCUCCCCGAGCGAAGUGUCCACGAUCGCUGCAAGAACCUUUUUGGCGAUAUUCAAAAUUAUUAUCGCCGAAACCUGUCCCAGUCCCGCAUGAGCACGUUGACUCCGCUCAUGCUGAAAGGCAAAAACAAGAAGUGGCCCAAGUUGCGGGCUAAAGCCGGCGAGGCUCGCGACCUCAUCGGAUUCGCCAAGGAAUGCGCUGAAAGGCACAUGGGCAAUUCAGAUUUCGAGCGAACGGUGAGGCAGACUGCGAAGCAUCUGCACAGUUGCUAUGAGUUCUUGUCCGAAAGGCAUUGGGAUGCCGAGAAGUUUCACAAGACAAAGCCCAAGAUGCACCUGCUUCUCGAGCUGGGCCGCCAAAAGCGCAGGCCCAGCGAGACGUGGACGUAUCGAGACGAGGGCUUCGGUUGCCAACACUGGCCUGAGCUGCAGACUUGCACGGAUGCGGAAAAACAACCGGACUACGACUUCCAGCGGGGCGUGAAGGACCCGUGCGUGUACCUAGACCGCCGGUCCGGCCUAAUCCUUCUCCACCACGACGACAUCCGUGUCGCAGGCCCCAAGGCCGCAGUGCUGAAGUUCACGGAGGUGGACCUUCCGACGCACUGUGAGAUAACGGUGGGAGAACUGGAGGAGCCGGGCACAGCGGUGGAGGUCCUGGGAAGGACCAAGGUGCGCACAGAGGACUCUAUCCUCACGCUGCCCGACAGCAAGCACGCAGAGAAUGUGUGCGAGCAGCUGGGCAUCGGUCCAAAAGACAAGGGGACCGUGCCUAGCAGACCUCUAGACCUGACCAAGGUCGAGGAGCUCUCUGCGGGUGACGCCGCGAGGUUCCGCAGCGCCGUGGGUAGUGCUAUCUACCUGUCGGCGGACAGGCGAGACAUACAGUUCGCCGUGAAAGAGCUGGCACGAAGGAUGCAGAACCCCCAGGGUCUGCGACUGGCUCGCUGCGGAAACCCUCGCGCGAUACCUGCGGGCGACCCCGUCUACUCCGACUCCGACUGGGCAGGGUGCCCAGAAACGAGAAGGAGCACAGACAACAUAGUUGCCUGUCUCGGGGGAGCAGUCAUCCAGACAAGCUGCCAGACACAGCCCGGCCUCCCAGCCACCUCCAGCGGAGACGCGGAGAUCCGGGGAGUGUCGCGAGCAGCAAGGGAGGCCGUCUUCCUACGAGAGCUUGCGGAGAAAGACUUCGCCCCAGCCUGCGGCUUGCCGCGGCUCUGGGCCGACUCCGCAGCUUCGAUCGGAGCCGCCAAACGCAUAGGACCAGGGUCCAAGCUGAGACACCUGGAAGUCGCGGAAUUCUUUGUCCAAGGCGCGCUCAGAGCCAAACUUUUCGAACUGAGAAAAGUUAAGGGAACCGAAAAUCCGGCAAACUUCGCUACCAAGCACUCGAAGACUGGACCGGAGGUGCGGCAAUCCCUGCCCUCCAUGGGCAUGGUGGACCUCGAUGCGGUCGCAGGCGCCACCGAGGCUCUGGCCCAAAAGGGCACGAUCAAGUCGAUCCAGGCAAGCCCCUGGAAAAUGAGACCGCCGACCAAGCUUGCAAGCUCGGCGCUCAUGGCCCAAGGCCCAAGGGCACGACUUCGCAGAGCUGGUGCUCGGCUUCGCGGCCCUAGGCUUCCUGGCCUUCCUGUGGAUGCUUUGGGGUGCAGACGUGACAGGCAGGAGCCGGAGCUGGAGGAUGAGAUCGAACACCACGCCGAGCGUGCCGAAGAGCCGCCGCGUGCAGCUCAAAGGGCCACUGAGGUCUGGCUAGGGCCAGAAGCGCCCCAAGAGGCGCAAGAGGAAAGGAGGGAGCAACAGCCUAGGGGGGCUCAGGAUCCUCAGAACACCGAGUUCCUCUGGACCGGGUUCGCCUUUCAAGUGGCCACCGGCCGCGUCGUGCGCCGGUACCAUGGCCAACAGCGCGGUUGCCCAUUCAUGGAAGGGGCAACGAUCAGACACAGGGUGUGUCUCCACUGCCGCAACGGGCACCAAAGCACCAAGCCCGGCAGUGCGGUGAACAACUCCCGCCACUGGGAGCCUCCACCUUGA